AAUGUGUUGAUGAUUGACAGGUGUCCAGGAGGAAGUGAAGAUAACACUGGACUGCUCCCAGUCUGACUUUAUAGCGGCUGACAAGAUGGUGAUCUCCCUAAAAGGAGGAGAGAUUUAUGUGUUGACGCUCAUAACAGACGGCAUGAGGAGCGUCAGAGCUUUCCACUUUGACAAAGCUGCAGCCAGCGUCCUCACAACAUGUAUGGUUACCAUGGAGCCCGGCUACCUGUUCCUCGGUUCGCGGCUUGGAAACUCGCUGCUCCUGAAGUACACCGAGAAGCUGCAGGAGACGCCUGCUGAGGACGGAAAAGACAAGCAGGAAAAAGAGAAAGAAACAGACAAACAGGAGGAGCCGCCCGUCAAAAAGAAGCGAGUGGAGUCUUCCACCAACUGGACAGAUGAGGUGGAUGAGAUCGAGGUGUACGGCAGCGAGGCCCAGUCAGGCACGCAGCUGGCUACCUACUCAUUUGAGGUGUGUGACAGCAUCCUGAACAUCGGUCCUUGUGCCAAUGCUUCUAUGGGGGAGCCUGCCUUCCUCUCCGAAGAGUUUCAGAGCAACCCUGAACCUGACCUGGAGGUGGUCGUCUGCUCCGGUCACGGUAAAAACGGUGCGCUGUCCGUCCUCCAGAGAAGCAUUCGGCCUCAGGUGGUCACCACUUUCGAACUGCCUGGUUGCCAAGACAUGUGGACGGUUGUCUCCAGUGAAGUCAAGGAGGACAAAAAGGCUUUAAAAAGCGAUGAGUCGGACGACGCGGCGAAGGCAGAAGGUAAGGAGGAUGGGGAAGAGGGAGAGAAGGACAAGGAAGAGCCAGAGAAAGAGGAGGAGAAGACGGAGCGCCCCCUGGAGGACGACUCCAAAAGGCACGGCUUUCUCAUCCUGAGCAGAGAGGAUUCCACCAUGAUUCUUCAGACAGGUCAGGAAAUAAUGGAGCUGGACACCAGUGGGUUUGCUACUCAGGGGCCGACUGUGUUCGCUGGAAACAUCGGCGAUGACCAGUACAUCAUCCAGGUCUCACCCAUGGGCCUGCGCCUGCUAGAAGGAGUGAAACAGCUCCACUUCAUCCCCGUGGAUCUGGGCUCUCCCAUCGUGCAUUGCUCCGUGGCCGACCCCUACGUGGUUAUCAUGACGGCUGAGGGCGUGGUCACCAUGUUUGUGCUGAAAAGCGACUCCUACAUGGGGAAAACGCACCGACUGGCCCUGCAGAAACCACAGAUUUCCACCCAAUCCCGCGUGAUCGCUCUGUGUGCGUACCGAGAUGUUAGCGGCAUGUUCACCACAGAAAGCAAGACGUGCUCCUCCACCAAAGAGGACUUCAUCAGCAGGAGCCUUUCAGAGGAGGAGACGGUUUACCAGGACCUCAGCAACGCUGUGGAUGACGAGGAGGAAAUGCUGUACGGAGAGUCCAGCACCAACCAGCCCUCAAAGGAGGAAACCAGCCGCAACUCAGCGGGACCCGCAGGCAACAGCGGCGAAGGGAGCUCAGGCAAAGCAGAGCCGUCCCACUGGUGUGUGAUCAUCAGAGACAACGGGGUGAUGGAGAUUUUCCAGCUGCCAGACUGGCGCUUGGUUUUCCUGGUGAAGAACUUCCCAGUAGGUCAGCGGGUGCUGGUGGACAGUUCUUCUGGCCAGUCGGCCACGCAGGCGGAUGGUAAAAAGGAGGAAGUCGCUCGACAGGGAGAGUUCCCGGUGAUCAAAGAAGUCGCCUUGGUGUCUCUGGGCAACAAUCGCAGCAGACCGUAUUUACUGGUCUACGUGGAGAACGAGCUUCUGAUCUACGAGGCGUUCCCGUACGAUCAGCAGCAGCCACAGAACAACCUGAAAGUUCGCUUCAAAAAGGUGCACCACAACAUCAACUUCAGAGAAAAGAAAUCAAAACUGAGGAAAGACAAAAAGGCGGAGAGCGGCGCAGAGGAGGGCCCUCCGACGAAGGGUCACAUCUCCAGGUUCAGAUACUUUGAGGACAUCUCUGGUUACUCAGGGGUGUUUAUCUGCGGCCCGUCUCCUCACUGGAUGUUCGUCACGUCACGAGGAGCUCUGAGGCUCCACCCGAUGAGCAUCGACGGGCCAAUCGAGUCCUUCUCUCCGUUCCACAACAUCAACUGUCCCAAAGGUUUCCUCUACUUCAACAAGCAGGGGGAGCUGAGGAUCAGCGUCCUCCCCACCUACCUGUCCUACGACGCCCCCUGGCCCGUCAGGAAAAUCCCCCUGAGGUGCACCGUCCACUACGUCUCCUACCACGUCGAAUCCAAGGUGUACGCAGUGUGCACGAGUGUGAAAGAGCUGUGCACCCGCAUCCCCAGAAUGACGGGAGAGGAGAAGGAGUUUGAAACCAUUGAGAGAGACGAGCGCUACAUUAACCCUCAGCAGGAGAAGUUCUCCAUCCAGCUCAUCUCUCCUGUCAGCUGGGAGACCAUCCCCAACACACGGAUCGACCUGGAGGAGUGGGAACAUGUGACCUGCAUGAAGACCGUGGCUCUGAGGAGUCAGGAGACGGUUUCCGGCCUGAAGGGCUACAUUGCAGCAGGGACCUGUGUGAUGCAGGGGGAGGAGGUGACCUGCAGGGGCAGGAUUCUGAUCCUGGAUGUGAUCGAGGUGGUCCCAGAACCGGGCCAGCCGCUCACCAAGAACAAGUUCAAGGUGCUCUAUGAGAAGGAGCAGAAGGGCCCCGUGACGGCUCUGUGCCAUUGCCAUGGAUACCUGGUGUCAGCCAUCGGCCAAAAGAUCUUCCUGUGGGUCCUGAAGGACAACGACCUGACGGGGAUGGCCUUCAUCGACACGCAGCUCUACAUCCACCAGAUGAUCAGCAUCAAGAACUUCAUCCUGGCAGCCGACCUGAUGAAGAGCAUCUCUCUGCUGCGCUACCAGGAGGAGAGCAAGACGCUGUCGCUGGUCAGCAGGGAUGCGAAGCCCUUAGAGGUCUACAGCGUCGAGUUCUUGGUGGACAACAACCAGCUUGGUUUCCUAGUAUCUGAUCGGGACAAGAACCUGUUCGUUUACAUGUAUUUGCCUGAAGCUAAAGAGAGCUUCGGAGGAAUGCGCCUGCUGAGGCGCGCCGACUUCAACGCGGGAGCCCACAUCAGCACGCUGUGGAGGAUGCCGUGCCGAGGAGCGCUGGACUCCAUCAGCAAGAAGGCUCUGACCUGGGACAACAAGCAGAUCUCCUGGUUCGCGACCCUGGACGGCGGGAUCGGCCUGCUGCUCCCCAUGCCGGAGAAGACCUACCGCCGCCUGCUGAUGUUGCAGAACGCUCUCAACACCUUGCUGCCUCAUUAUGCCGGGCUCAACCCGAAAGCCUACAGGAUGAUGCACUGCGACAGACGGAGCCUGCAGAACGCGGUGAGGAACGUCCUGGAUGGAGACCUCCUCAGCAAGUACCUUUACCUCAGCACCAUGGAGCGCAGCGAGCUGGCCAAAAAGAUCGGAACAACGCAGGACAUUAUCCUGGACGAUCUUCUGGAAAUCGACCGAGUGACGGCUCACUUCUGAGCCUCCCUCACAUUCCAAUCUGGAAGCCAUCUUUGUGCUUUUUCUUAUCCAACGGCUUCAUCUUGUUUUCUUAGAAUAUUUUGUAUUAAAAAAAGAAAACAAUCAUUCUGAGUU